AUGCACAAGACAGACCCAGCAUCGACAUGGAACAUCAAUUAUUUAUCCACUGUGAAUCAUACCUCAUUAUCAUAUGCCGCCGGUGCAAGCACGCUGUGCCAGCAGGAUCCCCAGUGCCAGUAUUUGGCAGGGAACAUGAACACCAUACGCAAGCACUGGCAGAACAAGCACAGCUGGUCGCCAUAUCCCAGCCGUGGCCGUACAGCGCCACAAAAGCGUACGGCAGCACAGGAUGAGGUGGACAGAUCAUGCCAGAAGGUGCAGUUCCAGCAGGUAUUUGCAUCGCGCAAGGGCUCCUACUACAUACAGAUCCAGACUAAGGAGACUACUGAGCACACCGGCACGCCAGACCAGAACAGAGCCAGCCAGGUCAUUGAUGAGCUGGAGCGGUUUUACCGGGAACAGCAACGGCAGACCAGCAAUGUCAUGCAUGCCGGGGAGCACGAUGAAGCCAAUCCAUGGCUGCGGCGGACCAGAUGGCCGGUGUACUUGACCAACAUCGCACCCAAUGAUCUGGUCAACUGCGUCCAGCGGCCCGAGGAUGACACCACGUGUCCAGAUGAACUGGCCGCGAGGGCCAUCUGGGAGGCCAUGGGUCAGGUUGCCCGUACCAGCCAGCGAGUCAUCACACGGCUGGGCCACUUCGUCCGCAUCGAGGCCAUCCGCACAGAGCGACACCAGACCCGGCACACCCCGUUGCAGGCGUACAUGGGACGAGGAGAGCAUCGCCGAGCACAGGGAGCCGACCAGCGACACCCCAUCAGCCCAGACCCCAUGGAUGAGCAGAUGACUGAGGAAGAAGAAGAGGAGGAGGAGAAGGGACAGAGAGAUACCCAGCCAGAAGAAGAAGAUAAGUUCAAAUUAACCAAGAUGCAGAUGGCAUGUUUGGAUUUUUGCAUUGAGCUGCUGAACCAGCGGGUUCAGGUGGAGGAUUAUGAGUGCGCGCUGAUGAGGAGGAGAAGCUGUGGUCCCACAUGCACUGCACCCCGAGCGGGACAUAUCAUUGUUCCGGGGCGCGGACAUGCCGUCCCAAAUGUGGCAUACCGAGUGUGGCAACCCAUCAUUGAAGGGUCAGAGUACGAUGGGCUCAACCGAUGGUUUCAAGCACCCAGCGUGGUCAGGUUCAUCCAGGACCGCAUGAGAUGGACGGGAGAAGGUAAGGGGGUGGUGUACUGCCAGGCAGUGAAUCAGGUCACGAUGAUGGCAAGCACAUUGAGAUGCGGGGCAUAUCACCACCACCAGAUCAACAAGGCCGGCAUACUGGAGUGUUUCCAGCAAGGUCAACACCAGGUCAUCGUGGCGACAAGUGCACUGGGCAUGGGAAUCGACAUCCCCAACAUCCGCAGCAUCAUCCACGUCGGACGGCCGCGAUCAUUGCUGGAUUAUGGACAGGAGAGCGGGCGUGCAGGGUGUGAUGGACAGACCAGUGAAGCCAUCAUCAUUGAGCCCGAGGGUAUCAGUGCAGCAAUGAUAUGGUCAAGAAAGGAUGCACCAUCACUGCUGGACCAGAAGCUGGUUGAGCGGUACAUGCAGGCAGGGGGUGAGGGGGGUGAUGAACCGAUGGCUCGAUGUCGACGGGUGGUGCUGGACCGGUACCUGGACGGGGAAGUGGAGGGGUACAUGAGACGGCACUGCGGUGAUCGACACACAGGGGAGUCCCAGUGUGACGGGUGCGAUGCCGAGUGGGAGGCCAGGGAGGCCGUGUUCACCCCCAGCCCAGGUGGCACGCCCACGCCCACACCCAGUCCAGGCUACAGUUCAAGAGCAACAGCCAAGGAUGACUCCAGCGAGGAUGAAACCAGCCAGGAGUCAGAGAUGGAGAGCCAGCAGGGUGAAACCCACAUCAGAUUCAACGGCACAUGCAGUCCCAGAAUGGCCAGAAGUGUGAGCAAGAGCACAGACGACAACAUAAAUGAAAGCAUCACCAAGAAUGAAGCUUCAACUUCAGGCGGGAGCAGCCCGGGUCAAUGGAACAAGCAAGAGUCAAGUGAAAUCAGUGAAGACACCAGGGGCAUCCCAUCAACAACCAGACAGACAUUCCACAAGCAGGAUGUCCGUCGAGGCCGGUUCAUCAUCACACACCAGCAGCGAGGGCAGAGGGCAUUGAUGGAUGAGGAGGUUUUAGUGGAAGAGGCGCAGAGGUGGAAGGAUCAGUGUUUGAUAUGUGCAAGUGGCAAGCGGGAGUUUGACCAUGAGCUGUACCAGUGUCCCCACGAGGAGAGCCAGGAGGCAAAGAGAUGGAUGAUGACAGUGCGGAGCAAGAUCAAAUACACACGGUAUUCCGGGUGCUUCCGAUGCGGGAUGCCGCAGUCCAUAUGCAACAGCUGGAAGACACAGAGACAGUGUCCGUACAGGGGAUUUUUGAUCCCGACGGUGGCAAUGAUGAUGUAUGGGUGUCAUGCAGGGCAGAUGAAGCAGGCGUGGAGACAGCGGCUGAGAGAGUUCAAUGUGGAUGCAGAUGAUCAGGAGGCGGUGAUUGAAUUUUUGAGACAGAAGGUUGAGGGGCAGGGCAUGGAGCACAACCGGCUGGUGGAGAUGGUUUGUUGGCUGCGAGGGAUAUAUCAGGAGGCAGAGAGGGGGAAGAUCGAGUCAGAGGGUACAGAGGUCAAGUGA